AUGGAGGAAGAAAGCGGCAUCGCAGAUGCAGACGUUGAGGAUCUGGAGGAUGCAGGGGAAGAUGAACAGGAUGCCGGGAAGGAAUAUCAGGAUGGAGAUUUGGAGAAGGCUUUGGAGGAGGAAGCAGUGGAGGAGGAAGUCCUAGAUACAGAAGAGGAUGUGCUUGGAGAAGAAUUGGCACCUGACGUUCUGGAAGAGACUUUGGCAGAGUUUGGGGACGAUGCACUGGAGCAACUGAAUGAGAUUGAGGGAGAAGUCUUGGCUGAACUG